AUGGCUUUUCGACUCGCCGUUCAGCGGGCAACGUGUGUUGCGCCACGGUCCAAAUCUGUAGCAAUACCGGGGUCCCUUUCGCGACACUUUACCGCCGGUGUCGGCGCUUCAAGCCUACAGCAGAAUGAAACGCAGACAAAUAAGAAAUUAUCUCUUCCAAAUCCUGAACCUGCGUCGAAUUCGGCCACAGCCGCCUUCGUCAAUGAGCGCGCCCCGUACAUGGUGCCGACGUACGUACGGCCUCUGCCAGUUAUGUCCAAGGGCGAAGGAUGUUACCUGUGGGAUAUGGAAAACCGAAGAUACUUGGAUUUGACUGCAGGUAUUGCCGUAACGUCUCUAGGGCACUCCGAUCCAGAUGUCACAAAAGUCAUUGCUGAGCAGGCUAGUAUUUUACUUCAUGCUUCAAAUCUUUACCAUAACAAUUGGACGGGAAAUUUGAGUAAACUACUCGUGACUCAGACCCUAGAAUCCGGCGCCAUGCGUGGUGCUACACAAGCAUUUAUUUCCAACUCCGGAACAGAAGCUAAUGAAGCGGCAAUAAAAUUCGCCCGCAAAGUUGGCCACAGUCUUGAUCCAUCUGGCGCAAAGCACGAAUUUGUUUCAUUCCACAAUUCCUUCCAUGGGAGAACAUUUGGUGCUCUCUCGGCUACGCCAAACCCAAAAUACCAAGCUCCAUUUGCGCCAAUGGUUCCUGGUUUUAAAUAUGGAAGAUAUAAUGACACCCAGCAAUUAUCUAGCCUUAUCACCGAAAAGACGUGUGGAGUUAUUGUUGAGCCAAUUCAAGGAGAAGGUGGUGUCAAUACAGCAACACCCGAAUUUCUCGUUGCUCUCCGGGCCCGUUGUGACGAAGUAGGAGCUGUCCUGAUAUUUGAUGAAAUUCAAUGCGGCCUUUCCCGCACAGGUUCUCUCUGGGCUCACGCCCACCCAUCCCUUGUGCCUACGAGCGGUAACGCUGCCCAUCCUGACAUCCUCACGACAGCAAAAGCCCUCGGAAACGGUUUUCCCAUAGGAGCCACGAUUAUAUCUGAUGUUGUCGGUAAACAUAUUAAGACUGGCGACCAUGGAACUACAUUCGGUGGAAAUCCGCUCGCAUGCCGCGUCGCCCAUCAUGUGUUGACUCGUCUGGCUUCGCGUGAGCUACAAGAUACAGUAGCCAAACGUUCGAAGACGUUUGUAGCCGGUCUCGAAUCCCUCCGCGAAAGAUUCCCUGGUGUGAUCGCUGAGAUUCGAGGCCGGGGGCUGAUUAUCGGUGUGCAACUAUCUGAUCAGUACUCUUCCCGUGUAGGCGAUGUUGUCACUGCUGCUAGACAACGAGGGGUGUUGAUUAUUACUGCGGGCGAAGGUUGUUUACGAUUCGUGCCACCGUUGGUCAUCAGUGAGGAGCAGAUUCGGGAGGGGCUGCGGAUAGUAGGAAAUGCCAUGGAGGAUGCCUUCAAGGCAUAG